CUCUGAGGCUCUGAGGGCGAAGACUCAAGAAUAGCGCAGCGGUUAACCUCUAAGCUUAACAGGGUUCCAAGGGUUUCUCUUCGCAACCACAAAACACGAGCAGGGAAGAUUGCAAUACAAUGCAGAACAUAAGGAGUGCUAUUUUGGGAUAUGUGAGGAUUGGCACGACUUGUAGACAACGGUUAUGUGCAGAAGAUGGGAAUGCACUGAGCAGAUUAAGACGCCACAUAUGUGCAUCAUCGUGUACUAGCUCUGAUCAGUUAAUGGCCCGGGUGAUUGGACUGGUGAAGAAAUUUGAUAAGAUAGAGUCAAACAAGGUUACUGAAACGGCAGAUUUCCAAAAAGACUUGAGCCUGGACAGCUUGGAUAGGGUGGAGCUUGUGAUGGCUUUUGAGGAAGAUUUCUCAGUUGAGAUCCCUGAUGAAGAAGCAGAUAAACUUACUUGCUGUAUUGACGUAGCCCGAUUUAUAGCAUCCAGAGCAAAGCAGAACAUUGCAGAAAGUUCCUGAUUACUAUCUUUUCACCCAUGGUUGGUUUUCGC